AAUCUUUCAGUGGCCUUCCAUGACUGUCAUUGUCUAACUAAGCGGUGGUAGCUACCGGUGCUCUAGAUUGUGAGAUAGGAAUAGACUACAGUACUGUUGUCCUUCCUUCUUGAUUAGAUUCCUCAGUCUCCAACUCGACUUGGGCACCGCGUGAGAAGAUUAGAUUUGGAGAGAAUCCAUUCGGUUUCCAUUAAGAUCAACGAUGAGAAAACCCCAGCCAAAGAUGUUACUUCUACAGACCCUGCUGUGGGGGGUGCUACUACUCCAACUGAUCAACUCUUGUCAUGCCGCUCCUUGGUUUGGAAGUUUGAGCAGUGAAUCAGAACCAGUGCAAGAAGAACCCGAAGAAGAUGUCUCGAUGUUGGUAUCUCCCAUUCUCAAUCGCGAACUCGAGACCAGUGUCGUCGCCAAUUCGUGGCCUUCCAAUCCCCAAAAUGUCUUUUGUGAAGCGUACGCGCAUCAUCAGACCACCUACAGCAAUGAUGGACCACGGCAAGAAUUAUCUUUGCAAGAACGAACGGCCGCCAUUGCCACCAAUCAACAGUUUCUCUCUCGUUUGGCCGACAAACUAUUAGCGUCAGACGAACAAUCGUCGUUUCAAAGCUACCACGAUGCCACUCAAUUUGUGCUGGAGACGGUUGGCGGCAACAAUAACAAUAACAAAUUACUGGCGUACGCUCUGGCCAUGAGAGCGUACAGUCCGCAGUGUGAAUUGCAUCGCGGAUUGGCCCGACAAACAUUGCAUCAGCUACAUGCGUUGGCGACGUUUGGUGACCGACAAGCGUUUGCCGUGGUGUAUCCGGGAGGGGCACUGGCACUCCAAGAAGAAUUACCAACAGCCGAUUGGUCGGCAUUGUCGCAUACGGUCGUCACCACGGAUGCCGAUGAUGAUUAUCUGCCACACGUAUUGUUGCCAGGAGAAUUUCCAUUUGGACGCGACAACAGUAACAAUCCACAAAUACUCGUCGUCUUGUAUGCCAAUUUGGGUUCGACGGCAUUUGCACAUGCCUACCAAAAGUUAUUGGCCGAUACAACUGCAUCCGCGACAACAACAAAUAUCCGCUUUGUGGUACGCCACUUGGGAGCGGUCCACUACGAAGAAAUUGGACCCGAUGAGACCACCAGCCCGACUGUAUUGCAGGGAUAUGGUGUUCGAUUGGAUAUUCGCAAUGUCGAGUACAAGGUAUUUGACGAUCGCAAAACAGCCGGCGAUGACGAGGGGGAAGAGACGUUUUUGAAUUUGACGUCCGCCACCGAUCUAAAAACGCCACCACAAUUCUUGGCAGGCGUCAAUCUCCAAGCUUUGGGACUGGACGAUGUUCAAGUGGAAGAUGACGAUAAUAGUAGUAGUUUGCUCAAGGAACUCUGGAAAAAGCACGAAGCUCAACAAGCCAAUUUGAUCCCUCCCAAUUGGCAACGUCGAAAGUUACCACUCCAGGCGACUACGGUGAUUGCCGCGUCCAAGGAUCCGCUCAUGACAUUGGAAGAAGUAUCCUUGAACUUGCCCAGUGUCGCGUCCACUUUGGUCCAUUUACACGUGGCCGAAGAUGUGCAGGAAAUUGCCGAAAAGUUUGAAGAAGAAUUGGCGUCCAUUCUGCCACAAGGUGGUGGAACUCUGUUGGUCAAUGGACGACAAAUCAAUCUCGGGCGACCCACCUUUAAUAUUUUUGAACUCUUGAAUUUGUUGCGCAAGGAACAAGCGUCAUUGGAACGGUUGCAAUCGGAACUGGGGCCGUAUCUGGGAUCUACUGCAGUGCUGGCCAAAGUCAAGGAAGCCUGGACCAUGGGCGAUGACUUUUUGGAUCUUACCAACGAACGAGACGAAGAUACCUCGUCGGAAACCGAAUCCAAAGUAUUCCGUAUUGACGUGGGGCGGGGCUGGAAACGAGCCGUCAUGUAUAUGAAUGAUAUCGAAAAGGAUGCCAAGUACGCGCAAUGGCCACGAUCCGUACGACAAAUGUUCAUGGCGAUGCAGUUUGGAAUGCCACCGUCCAUUCGACGCAAUCUAUUCACCGUGCUCGUAGUGUUGGAUCCCGUCGAGGAUGACACGGAUAAUGUGGGUAUGACGCUAGGCAAACAACUCAUGCAAGGAAACUAUCCCGCCCGAUUGGGAAUGCUGUUGGUGGGUGCGAAGGAUGUCAAGGCGUGUGCCGAAUGGGUGACUGCCAAUCCGGAUAGCGAUGAAGGGGAACCUUGUCCCAUCUUUGACGACAAGCCCAUUUUGGAGGUCGCGACCAAAGACAAGGACAAGUUGGAGGCCAUUCCAGCAUCGACGCGGGCGCUUCACCGAUUAGUCGCUGAUCUGAUCGCCUCGGACAAUCCGAACGAUUUGAUUGAUGCCUACAUGGAGUACAUGAUGAAGGGUUUGGAAGAGCAGAAGGAAUUGGCGGGCCAAUGUACGCUGUAUGACCUAUUGCAGACGCAUGCCAGCACCAUGAGUGGAAUGGGCAUGGGUAGCACAUCGAAACACAUGACCAAGGCGUUGGAUCUCUUGAGCAAGGCGGAAGAAAGUGAUGAUGCUACUCGACCUACUUAUGGCAAAGCACUUCGAUUUGCUGUCGAUAAGGGGCUACGUCCUGGAAUGAGUUUUGUCAAUGGCCGUCCCAUGCCAGAAGGUGAUCCGCAAGAUGUGUUUGACAAGGCGGGAAAGAUUUUCAAUCAAGAGAUGCAGAAUAUCGCAAUGCUCAUUCAAUCGGGAGAAAUCAAAGAUUCGACGCCCAAGUCUGUUUAUGGAUUCUUCCUCUCCGGCAAAGGAGUCUACAAAAGUGUCCAUCCUCUUCUCAUGGAUUCCAGAGAAAAAAGUGAAUCCUACUUCAAAGUCCCACACGAAUUUGAUGCCUCGUCCCUUUUGAUCGCCUCGAGCACAACCGAAGAUCAGGAGGUGAAGGCGGUGUUUGUCAUUGACGCUCUCCUCGAUGUCGGUACUGCCCAAGGCAUCCAGCUGGCGAAAUCGCUCGUAUCAGUGAUGUCCACAUUCAAAACAGCAAUAUCGGACAGUACCGGAAGCAAGAAGAUCGAAGCAAAGAUUGGAUAUCGCAUUAUACCCAGCAAGGCGACUGAAGGUGCCAAGCAACUCUGUCCCAUUUUGGCGAUGGCAGGGGAGAUAGGCAGUGAGGCCCUCUUGGCUGUCUUGGACAAGGCAGCAGAGGGAGAGGGUUUGUCCUUGGAGAGUUUGUUGGACAACAUUCCCGGACUUUCCAACGAUUUGAAGCAAUCAAUGGAAGCAAACCUUUCUGAAGGGGUCUGCUCGAGACUUGAAACCGUCACGAGUGCUCCUAGCGACAACAUGAUUGUGAGCAAUGGCUUGUUCUACGCUUUGGAAGCCUCGUCGGUGACAAAAGAUGACAUCGAGCUUCUGAUUUCUCUUGACCUCGAUUAUUCCAAAGCUGUUACAGCGUACCUGGCAGAUGACAUUGCCCCGGAAACUCCUGAAAAGUGUGACGCCAUUGCGCGAACCAUCUCAUACUUGGCAAUGGAAUCGGCCGUCGCUUCCUUCGCACGGCUGGGACUAGAGGACGAUGUUAACGACUUGGAGAAGAAGUACAAGUUGGAGAAGAAUCCACUUCGCUACUCGUGGAAUGAUGGUGGUGAUGACGUCUUACAGUUGAAAAUUACAGCCUUUGUUGACCCAACUUCAGAAACGUGCCAGAGGCUUGCGCCGCUGCUUCGUGUUUUGAGGGACGCACUGAACCUACCAGUAACUUUGGUGUUGACUCCACGGACAAUCCUCGACGCCGAUGGCAAAGCACCCAUCACUAGCUUCUACCGAUUUGUUGCCGAUCCAUUGGCGUUGCAGGAUUCCUCUCCCCCCAAAGCUUUGUUCUCCAAUCUGCCCAUGGAGCACACUCUCACACUUCGCAUGGAUGUCCCGGAAUCAUGGGACGUCCAACAAUCUAACGUGGCCCAGGACACGGACAAUUUGCGGUGCGAUGUGAGGUCGGGAUGCAGUGACGAUGCCCAUAUGGGAUUGGCGGACGAAAGCAUCCCGAUUCACCAGAGGGAUCACAUCACGCAUGUGGAAUUCGGACUGAAUAGUCUUUUGAUUUUUGGCCAGUGUUAUGAAACGAAAGGCUCUUCGCCAAAUGGGUUGCAACUUACGUUGACCCGUAAAGAGGACCUCCACUUGGAUUUGCCAAAGGCAGACGCCCCCCAAGACGUCGAAGUUGGCAUGGAUGGAACUGUUCAUACAGCAGACACUAUGGUGCCUGGUAUUGAAGACGAAACAGACACUGAAACUGCCAUUCCUCAUGCGGAUACUUUGGUGAUGAAGACAGUUGGGUACUGGCAGCUUCGAGCCAACCCUGGAGUUUGGAAAGUACAGAUUGCCAAGGAUUCCAAGGGUGCCGAAAUCUUUGACAUCGUUGAUGGGAUCGUAAGAAGAGGGCAGCUGAAGGUCUUGGGCAAGCUUGCAGACAACACAACAAAGCAAGUUGUAAUGAAGGACUUUGUCAACCGCGGUGAGUUGCUCCUGGUGCAACGCCGCAAAGGGCAUGAAAAGGCCAAACUCUUUUCGUCGGACGCGCUCAGCAAAUCAGAGGACGAAGACGAAGUCAUCAAUGUCUUUUCCUUGGCUACUGGUCACCUUUACGAACGAUUCUUAAAGAUUAUGAUGCUGUCCGUGACAAGGCGUACAUCUACCAAGGUGAAGUUUUGGUUGUUUGAGAACUUCUUGUCGCCCUCCUUCAAAUCAUCAGCGCGAUACAUGGCAGCUCAGAUUGGAUGCGAAGUAGAGUUUGUUACCUACAAGUGGCCAGAAUGGCUGCGAGAUCAAAGUGAGAAGCAACGCAUCAUUUGGGGAUACAAGAUUUUGUUCUUGGAUGUCCUCUUCCCACUCAGUGUCAAGAAGAUCAUAUACGUUGACGCUGACCAAGUGGUGAGGGGUGAUUUGAAAGAGCUGUGGGAUAUGGACUUGGAGGGGGCGCCGUACGGUUACACCCCCAUGUGUUCAAGUCGUGAGUCCACCCUGGGAUUCCAGUUUUGGCGAGGUGGAUUCUGGGAAAGCCACUUGAGGGGUCGACCGUAUCAUAUUUCAGCCUUGUACGUGGUGGAUUUGCAGCGCUUCCGCAAGCAGCUGGUUGGAGACCAACUGAGAAGUGUCUAUCAGCAACUGAGUGCCGACCCCAACAGUUUGGCCAACCUUGACCAAGACUUACCCAACUAUGCACAACAUUCUGUUCCAAUCUUUUCCUUGCCGCAAGAAUGGUUAUGGUGCGAAUCUUGGUGCUCUGACGAGACCAAGGCUACCGCAAAGACGAUUGACCUGUGCAACAACCCUCUCCACAAAGAACCGAAAGUGUCCAUGGCAAAGCGAGUCAUCAGCGGUCCUCUCUUUGAGGAAAGCUGGGUGGAGUUAGAUGAAGUCGUUGACGGGUACCAAAAAGAAUGGCAGGCAAGUACCCUGUCGGAUGCCUCGUCUUCAGCGGAAGCAUAGUGGCUAACUAGCUAGUCAGCAAUAUCAGAAGUAGAGCGGUAC